ACCGACCGACCGGUCGGUCGGACGGACGGACGGCGCGCGCGCGCGUGUGGUGGUCCAUUAGGUCCUCCCUCUCCCACAAAAGUGGGUCACCCAAAGGGGCAUGCCCUUGGGAGAGAGGCUCCUAUCUUUAUACACAUUUCACCAAGUAAAACUACCAAUGUGGUAGUUUUUUCCACUAGAGACUCUAUAGCUUUCAAAGCUAUUCAUAUACAUUCAUUUCCAACAACUUCAGCAUACUUUCGGAUAAUUUCAGUGUGAGUUGUUUACCUAUCCUGCCUUUGACUGAACUUAUGUAGUGAUGUUAUUGAUAUUGCCAAUCAGCAUUAAGACUGAACAACUGUGUGUGCGAGGUGGGUAUGUGUGUCAAAUGUAAUGAAUGCCUUCCUAUGUGUGUCUUAGUAAAAUAUCCAUUAUCGAUCCUGCUUGAGGUGAUUGGAAAUCAAAAGGCUCAACAUCUGGACCAGAACCGAUUGCAGUAACGACAUGUCAUUUUGUUUCUGCGCAAGAAUAGCACUUUUUCGCAUCGUAAUCUCUUCACUUGAAGAUUGCAGUAUCAUUCAAAUUAAAUGAUCCAGAGUUUCCAUAAAGUACUUAGAUGAUGAUGACGCUCUGUGAUACUACUUCCCAAAAACUUUAUAAACAUGACUUCCAGUGGUUGAAAUUGAUAUCAUUAGAAAGAGUAAGCUCUGAAAGAAACAGGGUUCAUAGGAAAGAGAAGCUUUUUUCACUGUCUUGCUCGAAUUGUUAUGCUGAGCUGCCAUGGCACUGUGGCACUGCAUAAAAAGAUAGAUUGGCGGUUUUUAGGAGUUAGUAUAGACAUUAAAAGUUGGAAAUUGGAAUGUUUUUGGGAGGAGGGUUUCCGAAACAUUAAAACUCCGGUGGCUGUCGUGUCAUUUUCGAAACAGUGGUGAAUCAGAACUUUCUGCUCUGUAGCUACUUGUAAAGCACUAAAAAGGGAUCGGUUAGCUUGACUACCCCAUGGAGGGGACUGAUUUUCGACACCCCCAUCCACAACCGUCCAUCUAAAUUAGUGGUAAUGUAGGGUGAGGAUUGAGCAGCCUUUUUUGUGCAUUAAAUCCUUCAUUAGUUGGCGUCACCCACGUUGGAAAGGGGAAGAAAUUUGGGGACUGGGAAAAAACGAUUUGACUUUCUCCUUUUGAUUAUUUCCCCUUUCGUCUCUCCCACCAGACGACCAACCCUCCUCCUUCCAUCACCAGCAGCCGGCCAUCUUCGACCUUCUUCGACGACAACAAUGGAGGUUGUUCCUUCCAUCGAUCGAGAAUCAACCUGUCAACCAACUCCUUUCCUCUUCCCUUUUGCUCUAUUUCCGUCAACCACCUUCUAUCGGCGACACCAGGCUUGCCGCCGCGACUCUCCAUCUCCUUCCACAAAGCUCAGCACUGCAAAGGGAUCGACGGAGAAGACGACGACCCUCCUCACCUUCCCUACGAGAUGACUUCACUCAUGUCGUUCCUGCGGUGACCCUCCUCCCCUUCCCGACGAAGAUGACGACGAAGAAACUGAGGUAGCUCUCUCUCCCCUACUGUCUCUUUCUCCCAAACUCAAAUCUAGGUUUUCGUGUGGAUUUUUUCAUGUGGUAUUAGUACCAGUGUACUGGUAUGUCUAUCACUGGAGUGGUAUGUCUAUCACUGGAGUGGUAUUAGUACUAGUGUACUGGUAUUAGUACCACUGUACUGGUAUGUACUACUGAUUUAUAUCACUGCAGUGAUAGUUGCAAAGAUGUAUUGGUAAUUCUACCACUGAAUUCUACCACUAUAGUGAUAGUUGUCUUACUUAUCAAACUCAUAUUUCUAUCACUGAAUUGAUAGUGUUGAUUAUUAUCUAUAGGAAUGGUCAAGACGAAGAGACCGUAACUUGGAGUGCUUAAAGGAAAGAGUCAUGGAAGCUAUGUUCCUUGCCAUGUAGAAGUUGGGGUAGGUCAAGAUCAUUCAUCGGGUGCGAGUACCAACAAGAAGCAACGCUGUGAGAGCCGGGAUAACGGACAAUAUAGGGGGAAGAGGAAACGUACUAAUGAUGUUAGCGGCAAGAAGUGAAACCCCAACUUUAUAAUUCAAAUUCUGUUUUUCCGUCAAAUUACCUAAGUCACCCGGUCAUCUUUCGACACCUGAUUUACCAUUGUUUAGACUUCCCGCAAACAAUUUCUUAGUGACUUCAUGUUUUAUUUGUUACAUUGGAUGGAUAUUUUAUUGUUGUUGGCAUUUUCCUUUUUUUAUAACACAUUUUACUUCACGGCUAGUGGUGAUACUAAUGGAAAAUUGUUGGUUUGCUUACGUAUCAAAUUGGUUGUACAAUGUACAUGUAUCAGUUUAGUGGUACAUGUGACAGUUCAGUGAUACAUCUAUCAGUACAAUGGUAUGUGUAUCAGUUCACUUGCACAUCUUUCAGUUUAGUGAUACAUGUUCCAUUUCAAUGGUACCACUCAAAAGUAUAUCUAACACUGCAACAUGAACAUUUAGGAUGAAUUUCAAUUUUGCUAAUGGUACAAGUACAAUAUAUCUAACGCUGCAAGUGGGUGGUCACAUUUUGUGUGUGGAAAGUAUGACAGUACAUAUACCACUCUAGUGAUACAUGUACCACUCUAGUGGUACAGUUCAAUUAUAUAUGUACCAGAUCAGUGGUACAUGUUCACGACAAUGUCGUUGUCUACUAGACGUUGUAGGGUUGCACUCCACGACAAGAAGCGGUAAGAAAUGAGUAAUCAGCGCCCUCCAUUUUGUACAGGUGCAAUAUAUCUAAAGUCUAUAUUGCAAUGAAAUGAGAACAUUUAAAUGAGAACAUAUUGAUGGUGGCCCACUCCAAAGUCUAUCUAACACUGAAAUGAGAACAUUUAGGAUGAGUUUCAAUUUUGUACAGGUGCAAUAUAUCUAACACUAUAAGUGGAUGGUUACAUUUUGGUGUGGAAAGUAUGGCUUGAAUAGUUGCACUGGUACUUGUACCAGAUCAGUGGUAGUUGUACCAGAUCAGUGGUACAUGCUCAUGGAGUGUCGCCGUCUCCCAGACGUUGUAGGGUUGCACUUCACGACAGGAAGCUGUAAGAAAUGACCCGUCGCUGCCCUUCAUGUUCUUCUUCAUAUCCGACGGGUUCUCCGCCGACGAGAAACCCCCUCGGUGUUCUUCUUCACGUUCUUCUUCGUCUCCGCCGCCGCCCUUCAUGUUCUUCUUUAUCUCCGACGGGUUCUCCGCCGACGAGAAACCCCCUAGGUGUUCUUCUUCAUGUUCUUCUUCAUCUCCGCCGCCGCCCUCAUUGUUAUUCUUCUUCCCCUGUGUCUCGUUCUUCGGCGAAGAGCAACCCACCAGGCAGGCGAAGGCGAUCCCACCGUCGGCGAGCAACUCGAUGGUUUCCGGCCGCCAUCGAUUUCUGCAGAGGAGAGGGCCACCGUCAAGUUCUGCAGAGGAGAGGAAUGGGUACUAUUUUUUCGGGAGGGAAUAUGGGGAAUAUAGGAGCUGAAAAGGCACUUUCCUCCUCCAACGUUUUUCUCCUUCCCCAUUCAUAAUUAUUAUCACAAUUAAGGCUUUCCCAAUUUACAAGAUUAUAAUAAAUAAAAUAAAAAGCAACUUUCAUUAAUACAACUUACCAAAUGAUUAAAUGGAUAAUUGACCAAUCAAAAUGAGGGUGUCGAAAAUCACUACCCCUUUAGGGGUUAGCAUAGUAUCCGACCCCACUAAAAAGCUUCAGUAAGUCUUGCUGUCAUAUUAACAAGUGGGGUGGUGCAGAAUUCGCCUGUACAGAACAUAGGAAAGAAGCAGCGAGAUUCAGACACAGCUGGCGGUGGCCGAGCGACGAGCUUCUCCCAGUGAUGGUCGAGUGGAGAGCUUCUCCCAGCAGUGGCCAGCGAUGAGCUUCUCCCACCUCACCAACAAGAGCAGCCGAACAACAGAAAGGGCGAAAUUACUUGAAAAUUUGAGGGACAAAAUUGAAAACCGAGAAGGAUUAAAAAGUGCAGAUGGAAGGUAAGAUCCAAGGAGUACGGGCUUGAAUAGGCAAAGAAGGAAGCUGCAGACUAGGUGGUCUUCGUUUCUAAUCUAGAGCGGAGCGGUCGAUAAAGGAAGAGGCCUCUCCGCGGCAGCCAAUCAACUUUCCGCGCUCGGUGGGAAGUUUUCCCGCGGCGCAUAGGGGAUAAGGAUAAAUUAAAUUAAAUUAAAUUAAAUGCUGAUGGAAUUAAUCAUAUUAAGGAUUAAUUUGAAUAUCGAAACGUACAGAAAAAUCACCAUCAAUGACCAGCGGCUUUAUAAUAUACUCGAUCACUACUGUUCUUAAUUAAUUGACGACAUGGUUUUUUCAAACUUCCGGAUUUACUGCAAAUUAAAAGUGACCGUAUUUAAAUUGUAAAUACUCCGACAUGUUUCAUAAAUGUCGGAAAACACUAGUCUAACUUGUAUAUUAAACGACGUUUAUCAAAACUAUCACAAUAUACGUCUCUAUGAAAUAUGGUUAUUUUGACUUUUUUUUUUUGUAAAUGACCCAACACACUCAUCUAGUUUGCGAAUUAACCAACAUUUGUCAAAAUAAUCGUAACUUAUAUCGCGGUAAAAUAUAGGUAUUCUGACGUUUUUUAUGAAUGACGCCAUACAUUCAUCCAAUUUGAUGAUUAACCGACAUUUAGAAAAACUAUUGUAAUAUAUGUCGUUAUAAAAUAUAUUUUUUCGACAUUUUGUAUAAAUGAUGACAUAAUUAUUUAGUCUCCACACUAGACCAACAUUUUUCACAAUUGUCGGGAUGAAAAUGUCGUUAGUAGGAUUUUAUUUACUAGUUGUUCCAACAUAUUUUGUAUAUGACGUUGUAUCCUCAUCUAGUUUGUUGAUUAACCAACAUUUUCUAUUAUUGUCAUUACUUAUGUCGCUAGAAAAUAUAUGUAUUAUGACAUUUUUCAUAAAUGAUACACUCAUCUUGUUUCGACAUUUGCAAAAAAUAUUGCAACAUACGUCGCUUUAAAAUAUGUUAUAUCGACAUUUCGAAUAAGUGACGACACAACUAUUUAUCUCUCGCAUUUGAACGACAAUUUUCAAAAUUGUCGUAAUAAAAAUGUCGCUACAAAGGAUUUUUUUUUAUGUAGUGUGUAACUAGUAAGCAAUGAGCUAGUCGUGUGGUUAGUGAAGCAAAAUUUAUCACGAGGAACGAUUAGAGCUACCCAGUACAUGAAAGAAUGGGGGCUGCUACAGCAAUGGUGUGUCGUCCCAAACAUUCAAGACAUGUCAUUUUUUUAGUUUGUUUGAAACGGUCUCUCCACCAGACUUAAUGAAACUUCUUAAGUAAC